UAUAUGACAUCCACCCCCUGAGCCACACUGCCAGGGCUACAACCAACCGCCUCAGUUAAAAAUUAGGAGGGUAUCAGUGAUAACAUCCAUGAUGUUAGACAACGGCGAGUUCGCGACUUGCCCGCGGGAGCUCACCCAGAACCCGCUCAGGAAGAUCUGGAUGCCAUGCAAAAACGGGCACAUAGCUCAGAGACGGGUGUGUAUGACAAACUGCCCAACCCUUAUUGUGACUGUUGGACUUCCAGCUCGAGGGAAGACUUACAUUUCAAAGAAGCUCACACGCUACUUAAACUGGAUAGGUGUGCCAACCAAAGAAUUCAACGUUGGUCAGUACAGGAGGGAGUGUCUAAAGAUCUACAAGUCCUUUGAGUUCUUCCGUCCAGAUAAUGAAGAGGGGUUAAAAAUCAGACGCCAGUGUGCGUUGGCAGCACUCAAUGAUGUCCGACAGUACCUGAGUGUGGAAGGAGGACAGGUGGCGGUGUUUGAUGCCACAAAUACAACAAGAGAAAGACGAGAAACCAUCAUCCAGUUCGCUGAGCAGAAUGGAUUCAAGGUGUUUUUUGUGGAGUCUGUGUGUGAGGACCCAGAUGUUAUUGCACAAAACAUAGUGCAAGUUAAGUUGGACAGCCCAGACUACACACACUGCAACACAGAGGAGGUCAUUGAGGACUUCAUGAAGAGGAUCAAGUGCUACGAGUCCUCCUACCAGCCCCUGGACGAAGUUCUGGACAGGGAUCUGUCCUACAUAAAGAUCAUGGACGUGGGCUGUCGUUACCUGGUGAACCGUGUCCUUGACCACAUCCAAAGCCGAAUCGUCUAUUACCUGAUGAAUAUUCACAUCACGCCGCGCUCCAUCUACCUGUGUCGCCACGGGGAGAGCGACCUCAACAUCAAGGGACGGAUCGGAGGAGACUCUGGCUUGUCCGCCAGAGGAAAAGAGUUUGCCAAACGUCUGAGGAAAUUCAUCCAGGACCAGAAUAUCACAGAUCUAAAAGUGUGGACCAGCCAGAUGAAGAGGACAAUUCAGACAGCGGAGGGCUUGGGAGUGCCAUACGAACAGUGGAAGUCCCUCAACGAAAUAGAUGCUGGUGUGUGUGAGGAAAUGAUGUACGAGGAGAUCCAAGAGCAUUACCCUCUGGAGUUUGCACUGAGAGACCAAGACAAGUACCGCUACCGCUAUCCUAAAGGAGAGUCUUAUGAAGACCUGGUGCAGCGACUGGAGCCUGUGAUCAUGGAGUUGGAGAGACAGGAGAAUAUUCUUGUUGUUUGUCAUCAGGCCGUGAUGCGUUGUCUUCUUGCAUAUUUCCUGGACAAGACUGCAGAUGAGUUGCCUUACCUUAAGUGUCCUUUGCACACGGUUUUGAAGUUGACCCCUAUGGCUUAUGGAUGUAAAGUGGAGUCUGUCUAUUUAGGCGUGGAUUCUGUGAACACACAGAGAGACAGGCCAGAGGUAGGUAUCCCAGGCAGCACACAGAAAUGUCUCUCCGCAGAUGACAGAGAAAACUUGAAUCCGCUUCAGGGUUGAUUCACCUCACUGCACAUCUUGUAUCAGGGACUCAAGCGGGAGAAUGCCUUCCAGUGAACACUACUUCAGCUGGGUGGGACUUUCUUUAAUUUCUGGAGAGGCAUAUUGUAUGUCUUCCAUGAUAUUUGUCCAGCGACUCCUUCCUGAAGCAAGGCUUUGCAGUCACUGCUGAUCCGUCCCUCUCUUCUUAUUGCACAGAGAAUGUAAUUCUUUCACACAUGGCAGAGGAAACCAUGUUCUUCAUCUACCAGUGAUCCGUGACAGCAAUCAAGACAACUGUGACUUCACUUACCAUUGACACUCCUACCUCCAUCCUGUCAGCAAUGACUUUUCUCUCAUUUAACUUUUGUCUUUCAGUUGGAGCAGAAAUGGGCUUUUUUUCCAACAUUGGCCCUGAGAGCACAACACACUGCAAAUUCAGAAAACAAAUUAAAGACAAAGACAGAAUGCUAAGAAAACACAACCCUGCAAGUCUCACGGAACACAAUGGAAAUUAGUAAUACAAAAGAGGCCGGCUAUAUCAACCUUCUUGAGGUGAAAGGUCAUGUCAGUUUUUCCGUUGCUAAAAUUGAGUCCAUCUUUGGAGCGUUAUUAAGCCAUCUUCCCAAAAAGCUAGCAUUACAUGACCGGUCCCAAUGAAAUCCUCAGAUCGUCUAGUCUCAUAUGAUACGAUAUCUUCACCUAGCUUCAAAAAGAGAGUAUGUCGGUCGGUCCUGCUCUGCCGUUUAGUCAUUAAGACAUUAAAAUCAACAAAUGUAUUUUUUUGUUGUAAUUUAAACAUUCAUUGUGUGAUCUAGAACUUGCAUUAACCAACGCUGGAUAAACCUCAGAUCUCAGAAAUGAUAUAUCUGAAUUAUGCAAUGUUAAAAGAAACUUUCACUGUUUGCUCAUUUCCCAGCAGUAACGUCAUGAGCCACAAAGCAUGGCUACACAUAGCGUGUCCCAGGUGUGCCCGGACAUGUUCAUCACUUUGUCUAUUGUGUUCUGACUUGCAGCAUCUCUGUCUUCGGUUGUGUUUUCUCAGUGCAGCUUCACCCCCUUAAAUGCUGCACAUGUGCUGUCAAAUUGGUUAAGAUGUUUUCUCUCAUUUGCUCGGGUUUUGACUAGUUGCAAGGUGCUGCUUUCUCAGGUCCAACAUAUUUUUUUCUCCAUUUUAUAUCUUUGUAAGGUAAGGGUUAGCGCACUUGUGCAUCUAUAUAUGUUAGGACCAAUCUGACUUAGACCUUGGCAGUGAGGACAUUUGGGCUGGACCUUUUUAAAGGGCUGUUUGAGGGUCCAGACUUGGUUUUAGAGUCAAGGUUAGAAUUAGGCAUAUAUUCUAUUCUAUAGUAUAUAUAGAACUAUAUGUAGCCCGUAUCAGCUUUCUCAUUUGAUUUUUCUUUUUCUGAGCGUGCAUGUGUAAAUCUGUCUUUAAAUACCAUGUGUUUUUUUUUUUUUUUUAACAAUGAAUGUUACCCUGAUUUACUUAAAAUAGUUUUUGUACUUCUCAAUACAAAUGACAAAUACAUUUACCUCAACAUGCUGCAUAUGAAUUGACGCACAAUAUAAUUUAAAAUUUUAUAUCAUAAUAAAGUUUUUUUUAAGCUAAUCUUUGUCUCUAUGUUAGCACUUGUUUACUGUUUAAAUGUGAAGGGUUAAUGUGAAAUGCCCAACAAAAUUUGAAUGGCCAGACCUCCGCUGGAAUCCAGAUGUUCAAUGCUUCCUAUAACAUCAUUUAUAGUGUUAACUGGUUGUUGAACACAUAUACUCAAAUUAUUUCAUCAAAUGUAAACCAACAGAUUUUUUUGUGUGUUUGUGAAGGUUAUUAUAUAUAUAAAAAUCCAAGUUGGAAAAAUAAACACUU